ACACUGUCUCCUUAAGCAUGUAUAGUGUUCAUUACAAUUACGCAAAUAAUUGCAUUCUUUUUUUUCUUUUUUGUAGAGUGAAUACUUAUGUGCAUUAUUUUAUUUUAACUUUCUUAUACUUGUUUAUAUUUCAUCCACCAUUGGGUUUUGGUAGGAAGCAGAAGCAGAUGAUAAGAUAAGCUUUUCCCCUCCUUUUUUCACUCGUCAUCAUUUCUUCCCUCUUAAUAAGUAGAGCAGGUGCGGUGUUGGUAGUCGUUUGUUUGACCGCAAGAUCGAGCUGUUCACAUAACAUUCCAGCUAGAACUUCUGGUCAUUUUGGAAAAAUGAAGACCACAAUGAUUUUCCCAUGCUGUGUUCUCUUUAUGGCCUGUUUUUCUCUUGGAGGAUGUUGGGAAGCACCUUGGUUUUGUCAUGAUUACAUAUGUCCAGCUUACACUGUUGUAAAUACAUAUGAGAGUUUUGAGGAGCGUCUGUACGAAGCCAGUCAGUGGAUUACUACGGAUAUUUCAAGCACCAAAGGCAGUGACGUCCAAGAAGGCUUUUGGAAACUCUAUGACUUUAUGCAAGGGGAAAAUAAGGAAGGAAUGAAAAUUACUAUGACCAGGCCGAUAUUGGUGUCAGUACUUGAGGGAGUUGAGAAUGGGGAUAGUCAAGUGUCAGUCUCCUUCUUCAUCAGUGCAGACAUUGUCCUCCCUGAACCUAAUGAUGAGACCAUUAAGUAUAAAAACCUACCCUCUGCAACAGUGUAUGUAAGGGUGUUUGACGGAUUUGCAUCUGAGGUCAAUGGGCUGGAGAAUGUGGACAAACUGAAGAAGGAUGUGCAAGCUGCAGGGAAACUAUUUGACAAGACAAGGUUUGAGGGGGCUGGAUAUGAUUCUCCAUGGACACUCAUUAACAGACACAAUGAAGUAUGGAUCUAUGCUGUCUGAGUAGCAUUUUACCAGUUGUGAAUCACAGAUAUCACAUUACUGUUACAAAUGAAUAAUCUCUUAAUGAACUUAUUUUUCCUAUGUGCAAUAGCCUGUAUUACUCAUACUAUAAUUGUAAAAACUUUAAGGCAAAACAUAUGUGGAUAAAAUAGUUUUUAAAAAAUGG